GUGAGGGGUUCACGUGGAUAGGGUAGUGGGGUAAGGUAUAGGGUAGGGUGAGUUGGUUAGGAUAAAGUUUGUUAGGGUAAGGGUUGUUAUUUUGUUAGGGAGUUUGUUAUUUUUUGAAGAGAUAAUUAAAUGGGGGUAGGGUACGUGGUAAGACUAGAAUAAAUAAAAAAUAGGUAAAAUUGAUCUUCGAGAGGGACAAAAUUAGGUGUCUACAAGCCCGUUCUAUUUUAUCUUUUCAUCUUCACGAUUCAUAUUAUUAUAUUCUCAAAUCAGAGCUUAUUCAUUUCAAAUUACUCGAAGUCUUGGAGUUGACACACAUAGAGAUUGAUAAUUUUCCUGUACAGAUACUAAGCCUCAUCUGGUUGAGGUACCUAUCAUUGCAAUGCAUUGUGAAUUUAAACAUACCUCCAGAAAUUUGCAGGUUGUGGAAUCUGCAGACAUUCAUUGUUCGAGAACGUGGUCGAUCAGUUGUAAUAACUUUUCCUGAGGAAAUUUGGGGACUAAUGCAUUUAAGGCAUCUUAAACUGCCCAAAUUUUAUUUGCCCAAGUGGAUCAGUCGAGAAAGGAAGGCACUUUGAUUUUUCGAACUUACGAACUAUUUCUCACUUGUCUCCAUGUUGUUGCACGGAGGAGGUUAUUAUGCGGAUUCAGAAUGUCAAGGAAUUAGGAAUCAGCGGAGGAAAUACGAUUGACUCUAAUGGGAUUCUCAACAAUCUUGUCCAUCUGCAGAAACUUGAAACAUUGAGUUUUAUAGGUUGCUUUAACCUUUUGCCAGCAAGUGCCAAAGCUUUUUCAGCAACACUCAAGAAGCUGAAGUUGGAAAGAACUUAUGUAAGUUGGUCGUACUUGGACAUAAUAGCUGAAUUGCCUAAGCUUGAGGUGUUGAAGCUGAUGGAUUAUGCUGCUUAUGGCAAAGAAUGGCAUCCAAAUGUUAGGGGAUUUACUCGAUUGAAGGUUUUGAUAAUUGAAGGUAGUCCUCUCAAGUACUGGAAAGCCACAAAUGACAAUUUUCCUGUCCUUGAGCGCCUUGUGCUAAAAGAAUGCAGAUGUUUGAAAGAGAUACCCAUUGAGUUUGCAGAAAUUCACACACUACAGCUGAUUGAGUUAACAAGGUGUCUUCCCGAACUUGGGGAAUCUGGAGCACGAAUUCAAAAAGAACAAGAAGACCUCGGAAACAACCCCGUGGAUGUUCGUAUCUCCGAUCCAUUGCCUGAUGAAGGAGAAGAAGUUUAUUAUCUUGAUGUUUCAGAAGAGGAUGAUGAAUGUUGAUGUUGCAGAAGAUGAUGAUAAUGAAGAUUCGGAUGCAAAACAUGAUGAUAAUUACGAUCUUAAUUGGUUGUUCGAUGUUCGGAAUAACCUGUAAUGUAAAGGGAAACAAUGGAUUAACAAUUUGAUACUGUUAUAGACUGUUGAUGCUAGUUCAUCACCCUAUGUUUAUUCAUAAAUGUAAAUGUAUUACGUUCUUUGGUUUUAUAGAGUCAAUGAAGCGUGUUGUGUCUA